AUGUCCCCCAUGAAGGGCCUGAGCCUGACUGACAAGGAGAACACGCCACCUUCUCUGAGCAACACCCGGGUCCUAGCCAGCAAGACCGCCCGCAAGAUUUUCAAGGAUGCGGAGAAUGAACCACCUAAUGAACAAAAGAACCCAACCAUUCAAGAUGAACCCCUUCUGAGAGAUAACCCCCACCGCUUUGUCAUCUUCCCCAUCCAGUAUCAUGAUAUCUGGCAGAUGUACAAGAAGGCAGAAGCCUCAUUCUGGACGGCAGAAGAGGUUGACCUCUCAAAAGACCUCCUACACUGGGAAUCACUGAAAGAAGAGGAGAGGUGGUUUAUUUCGCAUGUGUUGGCUUUCUUUGCUGCCAGUGAUGGAAUUGUAAACGAGAACUUGGUUGAGCGGUUCAGUCAGGAAGUACAAGUCACAGAAGCACGCUGUUUCUAUGGCUUCCAAAUUGCAAUGGAAAACAUUCAUUCAGAGAUGUACAGUCUUCUCAUUGACACUUAUAUUAAAGAUCCCAAAGAGAGGGAGUUCCUGUUCAAUGCAAUUGAAACGCUGCCUUGUGUGAAAAAGAAGGCAGACUGGGCACUCCGCUGGAUUAGUGACAAAAAUGCAACCUAUGGUGAGCGUGUGGUUGCAUUUGCUGCUGUGGAGGGAAUCUUUUUCUCUGGGUCCUUUGCAUCCAUCUUCUGGCUGAAGAAACGUGGGUUGAUGCCUGGUCUCACAUUCUCAAAUGAACUAAUCAGCAGAGAUGAGGGUUUGCACACAGACUUUGCUUGUCUUAUGUUCAAACACCUUGUCCAUAAGCCAUCAGAAGAUCGUGUCCGGGAACUGAUAACUGAUGCUGUCAGAAUUGAACAGGAAUUCUUGACUGAUGCACUGCCUGUGAAGCUGAUAGGCAUGAAUGGUGACCUGAUGAAGCAAUAUAUUGAGUUUGUGGCAGAUCGUCUCUUGUUGGAGCUGGGCUUUAACAAGCUUUUCAGGGUAGAAAAUCCUUUCGACUUUAUGGAGAACAUUUCUCUGGAAGGGAAAACAAAUUUCUUUGAGAAGAAAGUUGGUGAAUAUCAGAAGAUGGGGGUUAUGUCAAAGGCAUCAGACCACGCAUUCACUCUAGACGCUGACUUCUAA